AUGGCGACCGAUCUCAACGCCGAAGCUAUUGAAUCAUGGGACGCCAACGCCACCUUCUGGGAUGCGAGGAUGGGUACAACGGGCAAUAAAUGGUACCAGAAACUCGAGGUACCCGUUCUUGAAAAGUUGGCCCGCGUAAGCCCGGGGACUUACGCCCUGGAUCUCGCGACCGGUAACGGAUUGGUCGCUCGAUGGUUGGCCAAACAGGGCGCCCAUGUGCUCGCGACGGAUGUGAGCCCGAAAAUGAUCGAAAUCGCAGCAGGAUACCAGUCCAGUACUGGGGACAGUUAUCCCGAAAUCACGUAUAAAUUGCUGGACUUGACGAACCCUGAUCCUGUGGCAUGGAAAGAUGUGCUCUCUGCUGCGGAGAAGGUAGAGAAAGAUAUCUCAAUUUCCAUCGGUGGCUUUGAAAUUGUUACGAUGAAUAUGGCCGCUAUGGACAUAUCAACGCUAGACCCGUUGGCCAAAAUGUUGUCAACCUUGCUUCGUCCUGGGGGGAGAUUCGUUGUCAACACCCUCCACCCCAUUUUCCACACCAGCGCCGGUUCGCGCAAGAUCGAACUACAAAUCAACAAAGACAAUGGGUACACCGAACCAGUCUACUCAUUCAGCUUGACGCAUUACAUGAGUAAACCGCCGGCAUUCGGGGUAGCGAUUGAAGGACAGCCUCAACUACAGGUGGGCAUCGCCCUUUCGCCAGAGCUUAUAUUAGCAGCAUAUUAG